AUGACAACCCCCUCGGACUUGCGUCGCGGCACAUCCAACAGUAUUUCUUCCAAACAUGUCCUCAAUUCGGAGAUUCUUUCCGUCACCUCAGCCAUGCGCAAAAACUCACGAUGGGCUUCUUCGACGCUGGUAAUGGGUUCCAAAGACCCACGCCCACUGGGAUCUAACAUGGGUCUCCGGAUAUCAACAGUGAAAGAGGGCGAGGAUUUGCCCAUUUUACUAGGUCCAUUCUUUGCCAUUCUUCGAUCUCCUCUCUCCACGGGGCCAAUAACAUCUGCUGCGUUAUCUGCACUUCAUAGUUUCUUCGUCUGUGGUCUCAUUUCGUCACGUUCUCGGGCUCUUUACCCCGCGCUUGCAGAACUCAGUGGCACGAUCUCGCACUGUAAAUUCGAGGCAAGCGACUCGUCCGGGGACGAGGUGGUUCUUCUUAGAAUCAUGACAGUCAUCCAGGACUGUUUGUGCGGGGGCGUUGGAAGAGGAUUGGGGGAUAUUGAGGUGUGCGAAAUGCUCGAGACCGUGCUUACCACCUGUUGUCAAAUGCGUCUCAGUGAGAUACUCAGGCGGUCAGCAGAGAAUACAAUGCACGCGCUUGUAAGGACGGUAUUUUCAAAAUUACACUCAUUGGAUGCACAAUCGGAGGAAGAGAAACUCCUGGCCGCAGAGGAGGACGUUUCUGAUGGAGAUCUCAAAAUGACGGUGUCUACCACUGAAUCCCUCACUGUUGAGGGUUCUCCAGAAAUUACUGGCGACGGUGAAGUGGAACUUGUGCACGAUGUUGCACCCCAUUCGGCUUCAUCUGUGGCUAGCCGUCCCGAAUAUGGUCUCCCAUCAAUUCUUGAACUGUUACGCGUCCUAAUCAAUGUUCUUGACCCGAAUGACCAACAACACACGGAUUCCACGCGUCUUACGGUCCUUGGUAUCCUGCACGCUGCUCUUGAGGAAUCUGGGCCAUCUAUCGCUGACUUCCCCUCUCUCAAAGCCCUUGUCGUUGAUCCAGGCUGUAAAUUUCUUUUUCAACUCGCACGGUCGGAUAAUACCGCUGUUCUCUAUUCUGCGCUUCGUACUAUUUCGAUAAUAUUCCAUGCGAUGCGUAAACAUCUGAAGUUGCAACAAGAGCUCUUUUUGGCUUUUACCAUUGAUCGCCUCGCAUUGCCUGGUUCAAACCAGAACAAUAGGGCGCCGUCAACUAUCGGUGGUUCCCUGAUGAAGAGAAGCCCUUCUUUAAGACCUGGAACGCCCACCGCGUCGACACCCUUACAAGGCUCAGCAGAUACCAUUUCGGCGGAGGAAAAUCUGAGCGCUUCAUCCACACGAGCUGUAGUUCCGCCUGCUCGUGGAGAGACUCGGGAUCUGAUUCUAGAAACUCUCAGCGAUAUCUCUGGCCAUCCUAGUUUCAUGGUGGACCUAUAUGCCAACUAUGACUGUGAUGUUAACUGCGAGAAUCUCUUUGAGCGACUUGUGGACUUCUUGACGAAGGGCGUUUAUCCAGCGCAAAAUAUCGGUAGCGUAGAAGCCCAACGGCAUUCACAAUACCUUUGUCUGGAAUUUUUGUUAACGUUUGUUAACGACAUGGCAAUGCGAGCAGAUGGUGCUGCAGAACAAUGGCCGCAGGCAGAAUUUUUGCUGCAAGCAAAGUCUCAAAAGCAGUUAAUCUUGGCGGGAGCCGCUCGUUUCAAUACCAAACCAAAAUCGGGCGUGACUUUCCUUGAAGAGAAUAGGUUAAUUUAUGCCGAUAUGCCACCAGAGACAUUGCGGCCUCAGAGUCUCGCCUCGUUCUUGAAAGGGUGCACCAGACUCGACAAGCGUCUACUCGGCGAUUACAUUUCCAAGCCAGAUAACAUUGAAGUUCUCAAAGCUUUCAUUGGACUGUUUGACUUUAAAGAUAAACCCAUUGCAGAUGCGAUGCGAGAGCUUCUUGAGGCAUUUCGACUUCCUGGUGAAGCCCAACAAAUUGCCCGAAUCACGGAAACAUUUGCAUCAAUUUAUUUUGCUUCGGAGCCGGCCGAAAUCAAGAGCGAGGAUGCUGUAUACGUUUUGGCAUAUUCCGUGAUCAUGCUGAAUACCGAUCUCCAUAACCCUCAAAUCCGAAAACGCAUGACGAUUGAAGACUACCAGAAGAACUUGAGAGGUGUCAAUAACGGGGCAGAUUUUUCUUCUGAAUUCCUGCAAAAUAUUUAUGAUUCGAUCCGAAAAAGAGAAAUCAUCAUGCCGGAGGAGCAUACAGGCCAACUUGGAUUUGAAUAUGCAUGGAAGGAGCUCCUUGCCCGCUCGCGCAAUGCUGGCGAAUUCAUGGUUUCAAAUUCUUCUGCAUUCGAUGUUGAGAUGUUCAAGGCCAUUUGGAAACCUACGAUAUCUGCCAUCGCCUAUGCUUUUAUCACGUUUGAAGACGACUACAUCAUCCAACGUGCAAUCGCCGGGUUUAGACAGUGUGCUACGUUGGCGGGGCAUUUCCAACUGCCAGAUGUCUUUGACUUUGUCGUUGUCUCUCUUUCCCAGGCAACAAGUCUUCUCUCAGAUUCAUUACCGGCUCAAAUUCCGAAUUAUCCAGUUAUAGACGUAGAAGGCCAGUCUAUCACAGUGUCCAAGCUCUCAGUAGAAUUUGGAACAAACUUUAGAGGACAGCUCGCUGCUGUCGUGUUAUUCAACAUCGUCAACGGGAGCGGCAAUGCCUUGCGGGAAGGUUGGGUGCAGAUUUUCGAAAUGUUCCAAAACCUCUUCAUGCAUUCUUUGUUGCCAACAAGGAUGUUGCAAAUGGAGGAUUUCCUUGGAGGCGUCACCAUGAUACCCCUCCGUGGAAGUCAACCAACCCGCCCUCACCUCCGGAAUGAAGGCCUUCUCUCUGCCCUGUCUUCGUACCUAAUGACACCCUACAGCAAUAGCCCUGACAUGCAGGUCCCUGACGCAACUGAUGCAGAUGUGGAAAACACACUUUGUACCAUUGAUUGCAUCACAUCCUGCCGGCUCGAUGAACUCUACAGCCAGAUAGUACGGCUAGAUUCCGAAGCAAUGAUCGCAGCCAUUCGUGCACUAGAGGCUCUCGCACAUGAACGAACCGUCGCAAAACUGAGACUUCAAUCAGAGGAUCUAGUUCCUGCUCUGGAUGAAGAUGUAUACCAACUUCCUUAUGAUCCUGCCUCCGUAUUCCUUCUAGAGACUAUGGCCAGUAUAGCGUGCCAGGCACCACAAUACGUUGAAGAUCUAUGGCCAAUCAUGUUCGAGCACCUAUCUGCGCUUCUGUCCAAUUCAACGCAGUAUAGUGCGCUUCUCAUAGAGCGUGCUGUCGUCUGCCUUUUACGUCUCUGUCAUAUUUUGGCACAGAAGCCUUCCUUACGGGACCAAGUCUACGUCUCGUUUGACCUUUUGGCGAACCUUCCUCCGACGAUUGCUAAUUCAGUUGGUGAACAAGUUGUAGCUGGCGUUAUCCUUAUUGUGCGCAAUAACAGAGACAUCAUCAGUUCACAAACUGAAUGGAACCUGGUCUUUGCGAUGCUGCGAUCAACAAUGUCACAUCCGGAAGCCGCUCGAACGUCGUUCGAUCUCAUUUCAAAUCUAAUUACUGAUGGACCCGACAUGCUUGUCUCAUUGGACAAUUUCUCUGGUCUUGUUUCUCUUUUGGACAAUUUCGCAACGGCAGCCAGUGCCUUGACUGAGAGUCAUCAACAUAGAAAUCGCCGGGUUGAACCAUUAACAUCAUCGAAUUCCCUUAUAGUUGACCGUGGCAAGAAAGCUAUCGAACUCCUGUCCACCCUUCACAAGUGGAUAGCGUUGCAACAGUCAUCGGAGCAACAGAGCUACAUUUGGAAACAGCUUACUCUUCCCCUUCUCACCUCCCUCGGACGACAAUCGGUCAACGCUGCUCGUGAAAUACGCCACACCGCAAUCGGUCAAUUGCAACGUAUUCUACUGGGCCCAUCUCUGGUAUCAUCAAAUGUCGCCGAACAAAGCCAAGUAGAGGACAUCUUCAACCGUGUAAUAUUUCCUCUUCUGGACGACCUGUUGCGCCCCCAAGUCUAUCAAAGGGACCCCCAGGGUAUGGCUGAAACUCGUUUACGAGGGUCCGCCCUGCUCUGCAAAGUCUUCAUGCACUUAGAGCUGCGGGAGACUGUAAUUCAGGCAGACUUCAGGCUUCUUUGGAUCCAAAUCCUUGAUCUUCUCGAUCGAUUGAUGAAUGCCGACAAAGGAGAUCAACUAUACGAGGCUAUUCCAGAAUCCUUGAAAAACGUUCUUCUCGUGAUGAAUGCUGCUGGGAUCCUCGUUCCACACCAAGAAACGGAUGAUACACAGGAUGAGCUUCAUCGGACAUUGUGGACUGCAACGCAUGAACGGAUGGAACGUUUCCUACCAGGUUUCCUCACUGAUGUAAUACCCAGCCCCGCCCUUGCUGUAUAACUAUCUCUUUUUUCUUUCCUCUUUAUAAUAUCCUUUGCAGAUGGGUACAUAAUUGCUGGAAACUUUCUACUUUAUGAAUUGCAUCUUAGAUAUCCUAGGAAUAUUCCUAUUACAUG